GGCGCCAUGUCCUGGUGCCGCAGUGCCGUGUGGUUCGUGAAGGGGCUGCGGGAAUACACGAGGACCAGCUAUGAGUCUGCUUCCAAGCACUUCAAUCCAGCUGAUGUGGAGGUGGACGUGGCUGGGAGAUCCUUUCUGGUCACUGGUGCCAACAGUGGCAUUGGCAAGGCCACAGCCAAAGAGAUAGCGAGGAGAGGAACAUACAUUCUGACAACUGCCCUGCUGCCCCUCCUGGAAAAAGAAGCUGAUGCCAGAGUGAUAACUGUCUCUUCUGGGGGCAUGCUAGUUCAAAAAUUAAACUUAUCUGACUUGCAGUCAGAAAACGGGACAUUUGAUGGAACUAUGGUGUAUGCACAAAACAAGAGACAGCAAGUUGUCUUGACAGAACAAUGGGCAAAAGCUUGCAGAAACAUCCAUUUCUCUGUUAUGCAUCCUGGCUGGGCAGACACUCCAGCUGUGAGAUCAUCAAUGCCAGAUUUCUACCAGAAGAUGAAAAAUACCCUGCGCACAGAGGCCCAGGGAGCUGAUACUGUUGUAUGGUUGGCAGUAUUUGAAGCAACAAAGUUACUGAGUGGCUUAUUCUUCCAAGUCAGGCAACCAGUCCCUACGCACUUACCCCUAGCAAGCACCCACAGUCCACCUGAGGAUGAGGAGAAGCUAAUGGAGGUGCUGGAAGAGCUCUCCCAGAAGUUUAAAUCUACUUCUCCAGGAACUUAGUGUUACUGCUGAUACAGUAAAGCUCACACUGUAACAGUACUGUAGCGCGGAGGGGAAGCAGGAUGCCAUGGGCCUAAAAUAAAUUAGGUUCAGGUUUUCACAUCAUGGGGGAAGAGUGGUGUCUGUGCCAUUUUUUCUUCUGCUGUGGAGAUUCUCUCCCAUUGUGAAUAUGCAUAUGCUGUGUCAAGACACAGUAAGGUUGUGUUCUUUGAUUUGGAAGAAAAAUUGGAAGGCAUUAAAAUAAACUCUAAGGCUUUGUGAA